UCUCCUCAAUUUUUAGGAGGUUGACCACACUUCCAGUCACUGCACCUCAUCCCAGUUAUAUGUCCCACAAGAGUAUCGUCAUCUCCAUAUGUUAUGAUGAUGUUGGUGGAGUAAGACAGGGUGCAGUCAUAGAUAUAGAUGUUGAAUCAUCACCAUUAGCCAUCUCCACAAUAAAUCUUUAGUUAAAUGAGUUACUACAAUAUCUAAUUUCCCUCUGGGAUCAUUAAAGUAUUUUGUAAUUGAAUUAAAUAGAAGUGGGCUCAAUAGCCCUGGGGGAGCCAGUGCUGAGUGUAAGGGAGGAGGAGCUGUGUGCACCAAUCCUUGCAGACUGAAGACAAUUUGUAGGGAAGUCCUUUAUCCAGCCAGAAGUGGCAGGAAGAAAGUUGGGGUCAACCAGUCCAGAAGGAUGUUGGGAUGGAUGGUAUUAUAGACUGAGUUAAAGUCGACAGAGCAUUCUGACGUAGGACUAAUUUUGUGACACCAAAACAUUUCAGCAGGCUGAGGGAAAUUGGGAUUUUGUAUGAAAUUUAAUGUUCUACCAACAUUUAUCUAGAGCAUCAUGGGAGUAAUAGAAAAACCUGAAGCCACAAGUUGACAAAAAAAGAAGUGCAAAACUUUGAUGCUGUUUCCUUUAUAYUCUUGUUUAAUUUGAUUACUAGCAUUGCCUUCAUACUGUACGUAUUUUCAAAAUGCUAAUUUGUGGGUUGGAAGCUGAAACCAUAGAUUGUUCAACAGUCAUUUCUAAAUAAUUCUCGUUUUUUUCCAUAUUACCCAGAAUUCCAAUCUCCAGGCCUUGCAGUUUCUUGGCUAUCACAGGAUAAAUGUUGCAGCCGUCAGUGAAGUCCACCUGAAUGGUGUUAUUUUAAGUUCCUAUCACCAUGCAGUCAUUGCUAGGUCACAUCAUCUCCUCUGGCACGUGAGCACUGUGCAAACGGAAAUUAAACAGAAGAUGAGAUCAUUUUUUUAACCUGGGAUUUUAUUUAUCACGACAUUUGGAUUUACCUCUGAUGUUCUCUAUGAUGUAAGAACAAAGAUAAUUGUUUGAUGCCGAGUCCACCUGGUGCUACCUAAUGACUCCAACUCUAGCAUGCCUCCUGUGUAGAAAACUGCUCCAGGCAGUGAUGGCUCAGGCUCCCUCUGUCACCUGUCCACCUUUGGACUAGAGGUCUGCAAAGUACUCCGGGAGGCCUUCACCACAGACGCUCUCACGCUGACCAAUACAAACGCUCAGCACCCCCACUCUUUGCCAUCCGAGGCAUCCGAAAAGAUUUGUGAGACAAAAAAUGGAAACUCAGAGAGACUCUUGCUGUCUGCACAACCUCGCCUACCACCCGCGAUGGAGGCACCACUCAGUGAAAGUGAUAAGAAAAAGACAUAUAUGGACAGUGGUCACGAAUAGUUUUAAUGGUCGUAGUCAGUUUGAACUCUUAUCAGCGUCGUUGUCUUUGUCAUCAAAACCACAGCUGCCAUCAUCCCCCAUGCGGCACGUCAGGGGAUGGAGGGGGAGCUGGUUUCUUAUUUUCUUACUCGUGAUCUCGUCGUUCCCCUGUCAAGUCCAGGCGACCACUUUCAAGGUGGCCUUGGUUGGACCCUGGACGUGUGACCCCCUAUACUCUAAGGCCCUUCCUGAUUUGGCGGCCCGCCUUGCCACCAGCCGCAUAAACAAGAACCCCUACCUCAACAAAGGCUACUGGUACGACUACACGCUUGUCAACGAGGACUGCAAAUCCACGCGCGCUCUCAUCCGCUUCGCCGACCUGGAGAGUUACGGCGCCGCUUUCCUGGGUCCCGCCAACCCAGGUUACUGCUCCUCGGCUGCACUUUACGCCAAGGAGUGGGACAUGGGUUUGCUUUCCUGGGGCUGUCUCAGGCCCGGCAUGAAAACAGGCGACACGUACCCCACGUUCCUCCGGCCGCUGCCGCUGUCCUCACAUGUGCUUUUUGCCGUGCUGCGGUUCUUCCAAUGGGCACACGUGGCCAUCAUCUCAGAGGAAACCGACGUGUGGGAGGCCACGGGCCAGGAGUUGGCUUCUUCUCUGAGGACCCUAGGCCUUCCUGUCAGUCCUGUUGUGACCAUGGAGACUGAUAGGGAAGGGCCUCGGAGAGCUUUGAGUAAAGUGCGAGAAGCAGACCGAGUCAAAGUGAUCAUCAUGUGCAUGCCUUCUGUGCUGAUCGGUGGCCAAGCCCAGUACAAGCUCCUGACCACGGCCUUAGCCAUGCGUAUGAUAGACCGCGGCUACGUCUUCAUUCCUUACGACACCCUCUUGUAUUCGCUGCCCUACAAAGACACCCACUACCCUCUGCUGGGGAAUGACACCAAGCUCCGGAAAGCCUAUGACGGGGUCCUCACCAUCACUAUGGAGUCUGGAAAUCGCAGCUUCUAUGAGGCCUUCAGAGAUGCUCAGAGCAGCUACGAGAUACGCAGCAGCACCCCGCCAGAGCAGGUUUCUCCAUUCUUUGGCACCAUUUACAACAUGUUGUACUACAUAGCCAUGGCUGCAGAGCAAGCCCGUGCCCGUGGAGGCCGCUGGGUAACGGGUCACAUCCUGGGAGACAGCGAGGGGGGCUUCGAGUUCGAAGGGUUCAACCAGCACUUGCAGGCCGGAAGGAAAGGCGAGGGAAUGCAGGCUGCCUAUGUGGUUCUGGAUUACAGUGGCAUGGGGGACACGCUUUAYUCCACGCAUUCGCUCCAUGCCACUCACACAGACGGUACGACCGGGGGCUUGAAGUAUCUCGGGCGUUCGAUCCAUUUUGCGGGCAGCACGCCCUUUAAAGACUCGAGCUGCUGGUUUAGUCCAUACUUUGCCUGUACUGGAGGCACAGAUCCGAUCACACUCUUCUUUCUGUUCCUUGUGUUCGUUUCACUGGUGGGAUUUGGAAUAAACACCUUCCUACGUUUGAAAAAUGGCAGCGUUGGACUUAACUUUGAGGGCGAUGGAAACAGUGGCUCGUCAAAGGUUGUCCUGACCCUGGAUGACCUGGUCUUCAUCAAUACUCAGAUCAGCAAACGGAAGCUAAAUGACGACAGCAUAACGAAGAGUCAGGGGGACAUGAAGACGCCACACCAUUCAGUGUCCGGUCGCAGCUACUUAGCCUCCACUCCUGACAGCUCCAAUGUGGCGGUGUUUGAGGGUGAUUGGGUUUGGCUGAAGAAAUGUCCAUCAGGAACAGUUUCAAAUGUCAACAGCAGCACUGAGGUGGUCUUUGUGAAGCUUAGAGAAAUGAGGCAUGAAAACCUAAAUCUGUUCCUGGGACUGUUCUUUGACUCUGGGAUCUUCGGCGUGGUGACGGAGCACUGUAACAGGGGCAGCUUGGAGGACUUGUUGGCCAACGAAGAUGUGCGUCUUGACUGGAUGUUUAAGUCCUCCUUGUUGAUGGAUCUGAUCAGGGGAAUGAAGUAUUUGCAUCAUCGUGACAUCAUCCAYGGGCGCCUCAAAUCCCGUAACUGUGUGGUGGAUGGGCGCUUUGUGCUGAAGGUGACAGAUUACGGCUUUAAUGAUAUUCUGAUUGCACAAGGCAUUGACGCUGACGGGGAAAAAGCUGAGGACCUUCUGUGGACAGCUCCGGAGCUGCUGAGAAACUCAAGCCUGAGGAGGAAAGGAACUUUCUGUGGGGACGUCUACAGCUUCUCCAUCGUUGUGCAGGAGGUAGUCUCCCGCUCCACGCCUUUCUGCAUGCUGGACAUGCCUCCGAAAGAGAUUAUCAACAAGGUAAAAAAGCCCCCUCCUCUGUGUCGGCCUAUUGUGUCGGUGGAAGAGGCCCCUCUGGACGUCAUACAGUUAGUAAGACAAGCCUGGAGUGAAGAGCCAGACAAGAGGCCGACUUUUGAAGAAAUUUUCAAGCAGUUCAAGUGCAUCUCAAAGGGAAAGAAAAUCAACCUGAUCGACUCCAUGCUGAAGAUGUUGGAGCAGUACUCUUCCAACCUGGAAGAUCUGAUCAGAGAGAGGACGGAGGAGCUGGAGGUGGAGAGACAGAAAACGGACCAGCUGGUGGCCCAGAUGUUGCCCAAGUCGGUGGCUCAGGCGCUGAAGUUAGGCAAACCUGUGGAGCCAGAGCAUUUCACUGAGGUCACGCUGUACUUCAGCGACAUCGUGGGUUUCACCACCAUCUCGGCUCUCAGUGAACCCAUCGAGGUGGUCGAUCUGCUCAACGACCUCUACAGCCUCUUCGACGCCAUCAUUCCCCUGCACGACGUCUACAAGGUAGAAACCAUUGGAGAUGCUUACAUGGUGGCCUCUGGAGUUCCCACCAGGAACGGUAACCGUCAUGCAGCAGAAAUGGCCAACAUGUCUCUGGAUAUCCUCCACUGCAUYGGAACCUUCAAGGCGAGACACAUGCCUGACCUGAAGAUCCGGAUCCGGAUCGGCCUGCACUCCGGCCCAGUUGUAGCAGGUGUAGUCGGCCUAACGAUGCCUCGAUACUGUCUGUUCGGAGACACUGUCAACACAACAUCUCGAAUGGAGUCCACAAGUUUGCCUUACAGAAUCCAUGUCAAUGAAACCACAGUUAAGCUCCUGAACAGUUUGAAGAUGGGCUACAAGAUCCAGGUCAGAGGACUGACGGAGUUAAAGGGAAAAGGUGUUGAGACCACAUAUUGGUUGGUGGGGAAGGACGAUUUCAACAAGUCUCUACCAGUUCCCAUAGAAAAGAAAGAAAAUCACGGCGUUACUUUGGAAGAGAUCCCAGCUGACAGAAGACAGAAGUUCUUGGAUCGACAGAAGAAAACAAACUAACAAAUAAUUAGGGAAGAUUUUGGG